AUGCAGAAAGCCACCUACUACGACAACACGGCAGCUGCGCUCUUCGGAGGCUACUCCUCGUACCCUGGCAGCAAUGGUUUCGGCUACGACGGGCCUCCCCAGCCCCCCUUUCAGGCCGCUACGCACCUGGAGGGUGACUACCAGCGCUCAGCGUGCUCCCUGCAGUCCCUGGGCAAUGCCGCUCCACAUGCCAAGAGCAAGGAGCUCAACGGCAGCUGCAUGAGGCCCGGCCUGGCCCCAGAGCCCCUGCCCGCCCCGCCGGGCUCACCCCCACCCAGCGCCGCACCUACCAGUACCACUAGCAACAGCAAUAACGGGGGCGGGCCGAGCAAAAGCGGCCCCCCCAAGUGCGGUCCGGGCUCCAACUCUACCCUCACCAAACAGAUAUUCCCCUGGAUGAAAGAGUCGAGGCAAACGUCCAAGCUGAAAAACAGCUCCCCCGGCACAGCAGAAGGUUGUGGUGGCGGCGGCGGCGGCGGUGGCAGCGGCGGCAGUAGCAGCGGCGGGGGCGGCAGUGGAGGCGGGGGAGGGGACAAGAGCCCCCCGGGGUCGGCGGCGUCCAAGCGGGCGCGGACGGCGUACACAAGCGCGCAGCUGGUUGAGCUGGAGAAAGAGUUCCACUUCAACCGCUACUUGUGCCGGCCGCGCCGCGUGGAGAUGGCUAAUUUGCUGAACCUCAGCGAGCGCCAGAUCAAGAUCUGGUUCCAGAACCGCCGCAUGAAAUACAAGAAAGACCAGAAGGCCAAAGGGCUGGCCUCGUCGUCCGGGGGUCCCUCUCCGGCCGGCAGCCCCCCGCAGCCCAUGCAGUCCACGGCUGGCUUCAUGAACGCCUUACACUCCAUGACCCCCAGCUAUGACAGCCCGUCCCCGCCAGCCUUCGGCAAAGGCCACCAGAAUGCCUACGCACUGCCCUCCAACUACCAGCCCCCUCUCAAGGGUUGCGGCGCCCCACAGAAGUACCCCCCGACCCCGGCGCCCGAGUACGAGCCCCACGUCCUCCAAGCCAACGGGGGUGCCUACGGGACGCCCACCAUGCAGGGCAGCCCGGUGUACGUGGGCGGGGGUGGCUACGUGGAUCCGCUGCCGCCCCCUGCCGGCCCCUCCCUCUACGGCCUCAAUCACCUUUCCCAUCACCCCUCGGGGAACCUGGACUACAACGGGGCGCCCCCUAUGGCCCCCAACCAGCAUCACGGACCCUGUGAGCCUCACCCCACCUACACAGACCUCUCCUCUCACCACGCACCGCCUCAGGGUAGAAUCCAAGAAGCACCUAAAUUGACCCACCUGUGAUGUGAGGGGAGGGUUGGUGGCGGGGGGGGGCGCGAGAUCAAGGGCCAAGGAUGUGGUGGAGCUGUGGUGGGGCAGUUUGGAGGCCUGGAAGAGGUGUGUGUUAGGGUUUUUGCAGGCUUCCAGAAACAAGGCAGGCCUGGGGCACCUCCUCCAUUCCCUGACUAAGGGGCUGUCCCUACGUAAAAGCCUGGGAAUCCACAGGCGGUUGGAGGCGACCACAUCAGUCCCAGGACUCCAGCACUACCAAGUUGGAAUUUCAGACUGGAGAGGGAGUCGGGUAUAGGGAACCAAGAUGGGCAAGCAGGACAGAGAAGCACAUUUAAAACUCAAGGCUUGGCUUUCAUCAACCAACCAACCAACUUACCUUCCAUCUCUGUGGAAAUCCCCCAAGAUCUUGAUUUUUUUUUGUCCUCCCUUUCAUUCUCCUUAUGAAAAAUAAGAAAACACAUUUAAAUCUAAGGGCACAAAGUGUUCCCCUCCCACUCCCCCAAGCCUCAAUUUGCCCCCAUCUAUCUAAGGCUUCCUGCUAUGCCGCCUUUCUAGCUCCAUGAUUUUCUGUUCUUAGGUCAUAUCCAUACCCCACCCCUAUUGCUUACAAGUUCCAGAGGGCUCAGGGAUGGUGAGAGAUCCUGAAAUUCAGAGCCGCCUAUAAUAGAAAUAUAUAUAUAUAUUUUCUUUUAAGGAAAAGUUCAGAGGCUAAGGCAGGCAAGUUGUCACGACUGGAGGUUUGCCCACUCUGCAGCCUCUCGGCUUCCACCCCACCCUACUCUCUCUCCACGGAAAGCAAUCCACAGGAAGCUCUCCCCUUUCCUUUUUCUUCUGUUACUCUCUUGACUUAACGUGAAAACAGGGUAUAUUUGAACAAACUGUCUGUCCGAGUCAGGGGCUGCAGCUGGGCCUGUGUACCUGGCUCCAGUCCCUGACAGGGCACUCUUGUUGCACUUGGAGUUUACAUUUUAAUGGAUAUUAAAAAAAAAAAAACAACUGUGAGAGAUGCCUGGGCCUGCAGAAGUCCAGCUUCCCUCAAAAAGCGUGUGUUCUAGUGAACAUUUUCAUAUAUAUUUAUUGGUUAUAGCCUGUUAAAAUAUUUUCUUUUUGUAUUAUUUAUCCCCUCUUACAUUAUGUAUUUAUAUGAGGAACAAAAAGGAAAAAUGUACUUUUUUAGUAUUUACUUGUUAUAAAGGAUGUUGUUUCCUGUCAUGUCAAACCAGCUAUUUUAGUUUUGUUGUAUUCUAGACAAGAGCUGUAGAUUUAUGUUACACUCGUACUUAUGAGCAAUUGUAAUUACUUCUAAAAGGCAUGAACUCAGCUCCCAAUGGUCACUGUAUAGUCCUGAAUUUGUAGAGUUAGAGUUACUUCUCUCUUGGAACUUUCUUUGUUCUUCUGUAGUUACUUUUUUUUUCCUUAGUUAAAAGGGUUGUCUGUCAAAACAAUUCUUGAAUAAACUUUCUGUUAUCAAUUUUA